CGUGGUUCUCCCGCCAUCACAACAGAUAUUUAAUACUUCGUUUGAGAUCUGUUUAUUCCGUUACAACUUCACCUACAAUCAGCACCAAUGAGCUCCGACGCUAGCGGCGGGUGGUGGCGGAGAUCGGAGCUUUCUACGGUGGUUUCGGUUUUGCUACUUGGACAGUUGCUCUCAUUUAUACUCGCGCUUCUCACCUUCACUUCAUCCUAUUCUGCCAGUCUCGGUCUCAAUUCACCUGUUACUCUGGUACUCUUUGGCUAUCUGGCUUUAACCAUUGUCUAUGGGAGCAUCUUGUUGUACCGACGCCAUGAACUCGUUAUUCCAUGGUAUUGGUAUGCUCUUAUAGCAUUUUUUGAUGUCCAAGGCAACUAUCUUUUUAAUUCAGCAUACUACUUCACAUCAAUUACAAGUGUGGCAUUAUUAGAUUGUUGGACUAUUGCAUGGGUCAUCCUUCUUACUUGGAUAUUUUUGGGCACAAAAUAUUCUCUAUGGCAGUUUCUUGGUGUAGCUCUUUGUGGGUUAGGCCUUUGUUUAGUGGUUCUUUCUGAUGUUGGGGUUGGUGGUGGAGGUGGUUCGAAUCCACUUUUGGGUGAUAUACUUGUCAUUGGAGCGACAAUUUUCUAUGCACUGAGCAAGGUUGGCGAGGAAUUUUGUGUUAAGAAAACCAGUCUUAUUGAAGUAUUAGCAAUGAUUGGUCUUUUCGGAACGCUAUUUAGCUUGAUUGAGAUUGCCAUAUUCGAGAGGAAGACUCUAGAAGCCGUGACAUGGUCUGCUGAACUUAUACUAACAUUUGUUGGUAACACAGUUGGGAUUUUAUUGUUUUACACGUUAACGCCUCUUAUUUUACAGGCAAGUGGCACCACGUUGUUCAAUUUGUCACUCCUCACGUCUGAUAUGUGGGUUGUUCUCAUUCGCAUCUUUUUCUACCAACAACAGGUAGAGUGGCUAUACUAUGUAUCGUUUGCAGUUGUUGGUGUUGGUCUUCUCAUAUAUUCGAAAACGGAGAAGAGUCCCAAUCUUCCACAAGAACUUGAACAUGGGAUCCCAAACUCACAAUAUCAACUAGUUCAUGAGCAAGCAUCAAUUGACGUUUAGUUGUAACCAUUUUUAUACGCUUCAUGUUGGCAUAAAAAAAUACCAACUUAGUCCAACAGGUCAUAGAUAGUAAUGUUAUGACCCCUAGAUCUAUGAAUGUAGUUUUUAAAAGACUUAGUUUUGCUAUCAAAAAGGGUUAAUGGCGCAACUUGUUGCCCAUUUGCCUUCUGUUUGAUGUAAUUUCCCUUUUGGAUUGAGACCGCCAUUUUAUUAAUCCUAAUAUCGCAACAUGUAAUUAAAA